AUGAGGGCCAACGUCGGUAAGGAGGGCACAAUCGAAGGUGGUCUCAGUGGCAGCAAACGCAGCAUUGAACGCGGCAGAGCGAGAGGAACGACGUUGGCUAGGACGCCACUUCGGAUUGGUGUGGAAAAGGAUGGCGUUGGUGGAGGUGGUGAUGGCGGCGGCGGCGGCGGCGGCGGCGACGGUGGUGGUGUUGGUGGUGAAAUGGGACAGAAGGAGGCGCGUCAGUGUCGUGGACUGAAUGAUGGGAUCAGGUGGAUGCUGGAGAGUGGACGACUAUCGGCAAACAGCAGAGCGGCUCGUCUACUGCACAAUCAUUUGGCUGGCAAGGAGCAGCCUCCGCCACCACGCAAGUCUAUCAUCCGAGUUAAAUGGGGUGAAACUGUGGUGUGUCACAUGAGGGUGUUUGGUUGUGCAGGUGCUGUGGCAGUUGUGGUGUUGCUAACGCAUUCUUUGCCUGUGAUUGUAGUGGAGCUCUGUUCGCCGUGCACAGAAACGUCAAGCGUCAGUGAUUUGGAGCAGCAUGCCACUGGUGGUAGCAACACUCUCGGUCAGUGUGGUGCAGGGAAGUGGGACACUGGAGUUGCCAAACGGUCGCCUAGUUCGCCAGUGACCAGAGACAAGGAGCAGUGUUCACAAGGUGUGUGGGGUUGGCAUUCGCCUAGCAACUCAACAACUGUUGGUGCCUGCUGCUCAUUGAAUCGGCAUAUGCAGCCGCACCAGUUGGCCUCGACACGUCACUCCAGUUGUUCAGAUGUCAGCACCACUUGCGGACUGCAGCAUUGA